AUGGCAACCGCAGCAACAUCAUGGCCGCAGUCCGCCAUUGCGCCCCAGCAAGCAUCUUGCUCACGGUCAAAUUCGAGCGCAAGGUCGUCAUCGAGGAAAACCUCCCGCGGAGGAGAUUAUUGUGACCGAUUCUACGGGCAUCAGGGUGAGUAUGCGAUGAUGGCGAGUCCAGGCGGUGGGAAUGAUCAACGUUGACCGUCGGUCUUCUUCAAAUCGCGAUCGCAGAGCUUGCCGAAUUGUGCGAACGCGUCAUUUCUGCGCUUUUCGCAUGCCCGCUCGACUCGACGUCGUCAUGCACCAGUUCGUCCAGCUCUCAACGCGUUGCUCCUCGUCUUUCCGAAUUCAUCGCAUACGCUCUGCACCGUACUCGACUGCCGCUAGCCGUCACGCACCAGGCGCUAUUUCUUCUCAAGCGCCUGAAGUCGAGGUUUCCCGCAGCGAGGGGUUCGUCCGGACAUCGGCUUUUCAUUUCAGCCUUGAUGCUUGCCAGCAAAUCCAGCUGUGACGACACUUACAGCAACAAGAGCUGGACCAUUGUCGGACAAGGUCUCUUCAGCCUUCGCGAGGUCAACCAGAUGGAGCGCGAGCUGUUCGGUUAUCUCGGAUACAAAGUGAAUGUCGAGAAUGAGGAUUUGGUGGAGUUCGUUCAGGCCCUCGACGAAGGAGUCAUUCCCAUGCCCUCCCCGCCAGCUCCAACGGUUGCACCCGUCGCCCCUGCCCCUACAGCAAUGCCCGCAGAGCCACAAGAACCGGCACUAUCUCAACAACACUCGAGCGCGUCCGCUUCGGUUGUACGACACGGUCGCGCGAGCAUCGCUGGCUACCCUGUGGGGCCGGCCACCUGCCCGGCAGCCGUGGGACACGCCAGCGCUCCAACAGGUGCUGCUCCACACCUCACGCGGAGUCAAAGCGUCUCUGGUCGUCAAAGCUACCGAUCACAAUCGGCCGCCCCCACGCAUCACUAUCAGCAACAAUCACCGUUCGAUGCGCGAGAAUCAUCGCGACCUUACACGACGCCAACUCACAACGUCUCCUUGUCGGUCGCAGCAGCCGCAGCGGCGCACACAGCUGCUUUCUACAGUCAUGUCGCACCAUCGGCUGCGUCGUUGGCAUCCUCCAGAGGCAGCAUCUCGUCUUCCAGUGGUUCUUCAGAGGGAUAUGACAGCACGUGCAUGACACCCGGUUCCUGCGGGGACUCGGCGUAUUCUUCCAGCGGUCGUACCACUCCAGACACUCCACCAUCUGAAGUAGGCGGAAGCCCGUGGAUGAACGACAAGGCUCACCUGUACUGGGAUCAAUCAGGCGAGCCGGCAGGCACGUACGACAGCCAUGUCAAACAGUACCACGAUGGACAGACCUACGACAGUCAAAACGCAGCCUCAGUAGACCAUCCUUAUGUUGCCCGUGGCGGUGCCCCUGGUGGACAUCCUUACACCACUUGGUGA